GGCGAAUUUGAUAGGAGCAUUUUUUGUCGAGUCUAAUUUGAAAGAAAAAAAAACAUGUGGCCAGAUGUUACAAGCUCAGGGAUGGGGUAGGUCGACCGGGAGAAAUGUUUCAGUUGAAUAAAUUUCACCACUCGCUCUCCAGAGUCCAUUCUCGCUAACAUUGUCAGACCGUGAAAUGGGCGGGCUUGACGCACUUCUUGCUGCCGUGGUGAUCGGUUUUGCACUGAAGAGUUACUUUGCGAAAGUGAAGCUGCCUCAUGGUGUGCGAUUUCCACCAGGUCCGGCUUCGCUUCCAAUUGUUGGCAAUGCACUGAGUGUCGAUGUGAGUGCCCCUUGGGCCACUUACAAGGCAUGGGGCAGUGAAUUCGGCGAUUUGGUUUAUACCCGGCUUUUUGGUCAGGAUAACAUUAUCAUCAACUCCGAGGAAAUCGCAAGAGAUCUCCUCGAAAAUCGGUCCCAUAACUACUCCGACCGGCCAGAGUUGGCAACCAAUGAACUAUUUGGCAUUGACUGGACUACCGCAUUCUUGCGAUACGGUAGCAGAUGGCGGCUUCAGCGCAAAAUCAUCCAGCAGUCCUUCCGCCAAGAUGUCGUACCCGAUUUUCGGCCCAUACAAGUGGCAAAAUCUCACGAACUUCUAUUGAACAUGCUGGAGGAUCCUUUGGGCUACCCGAAACAUUUUGAAAUGCUGGCAGGUUCGGUCAUCAUGUCUACUGUGUAUUCAUAUCAGGCAGCACGCCGUGAUGAUGACAUGAUCGAGCGUGCAACAAUGGCCCUGGAACUCUCAAUGAAAGAGAUGAGACCUGAGGUAGUUGCAGUGUUCAGUGCUUUCCCAUCCCUUCUCCGCCUCCCGUCUUGGCUGCCUGGCAUGUACCUGAAGAGAGUUGCACCUUUAGUCAAAAGAUUGAUGUCAGAAAGCUUGGAAUAUCCAUUUAUGUGGACCGAGCGUGGUCUGAAUGCAGGAUCCGUGUCUUCUUGCAUGGUCGUUGAUCAUUUGCUGAAACUCGAUGAAAGCGAUAGUAAUACAGCCUCGCAAAAGGUGGCGAUCAAGGAAGCUGCAGCAACUGUUUUUGGGGCUGGCACCGAGACGACAGCCUCUGUGCUGAUGAACUUCAUGCUUGCGAUGAUUCUCUAUCCACAGAUACAAGAGAAAGCGCACAAACUUGUUGAGAGCGUGGUUGGCACGAAUAGACUUCCGACGUUCCAGGAUCGUUCAUCCUUGCCCUACGUCGAUGCUAUUUUGCGCGAGUGUCUGCGGUGGCGCCCAGUGUUUCCUCUCGCAAUCAUGCAUUCUGCUGUCGAAAGCGACGUUUACAAAGGUUAUUAUAUACCGAAAGGUGCUACGAUCACUCCGAAUGUUUGGGCGAUGUGCCACAACGAAGAGAAAUACCCAAAUGCGUCUGAAUUCAAUCCUGACCGUUUCUUGAACCCAGACGGUACUCUGACAGAUGAUACUGUGAGUGUCGUAUGGGGAUUUGGACGACGGAUAUGCCCCGGUCGCCAUCUCGCUGAAGUUUCUUUAUGGUCUGCAAUGGUCGGCUUGCUUUCGGUUUUCAAAUUUUCGAAGGCCAAAGAUGAGACGGGUAGAGAGAUUGAGAUCGAGCCACAUUGGCAUGGAGGGCUCAGUGUGCGGCCCAUGCCAUUCCCUUGCAAUAUCACUGCGCGGGAUGAAAGCAUGGAUAUCACGGCUUUGGAGCGAUUAAUUCGAGUAUCUGUUUAGCUUGCUCCGUAGUAUAUUAUGCAUGCGGUGUUGUUGAAUAUCAUUGUUUGUGUUCAUACCAUUGCUACGUCGUGCAGAUUACACAUUUAGAACGCGCAAGUACAUGUCAUACAUACUACUACACGACAUCAAUAAUUUGACCAAGG